CAUUCCUCUUCACAUUUCUUCAGCUGUUUCAACUUUGGUCUAGAAAAUAUUUAAGUUAAAAGGCCAAAAACAAACUAGGAAGCUAGUAGGACCAAUAUGGCUCAUUCUAUGGGCUUUAUCACAGUUCUUUCUCUUCUUGCCAUUGUUCCCCUUUGUUUGUCAGGCAAGACAUAUGGAGGAGGAGGGUACCUCUACCCUCAGUUUUACGAUCAUUCAUGUCCGAAAGCUCAAGAGAUUGUGAAACACUCUGUAGCUAAAGCUGUCGCGGAGGAUCCUCGUAUGGCUGCUUCAUUGCUAAGGCUACACUUCCAUGACUGCUUUGUCAAGGGUUGUGAUGCAUCAGUCUUGCUAGAUAGCAGUGGGACUAUAAUUAGCGAAAAGAGGUCGAACCCUAACCGUGAUUCGGCUAGGGGAUUCGAAGUCAUAGAUGAGAUCAAAGCUGCAAUAGAGAAAGAGUGUCCUCAUACGGUAUCAUGUGCUGAUAUUAUGGCACUGGCUGCUAGAGAUUCUACUGUUCUUACUGGAGGACCUAAUUGGGAUGUCCCUCUUGGAAGAAGGGACUCCAGAGAUGCAAGCUUGAGUGGCUCUAACAACAAUAUCCCUGCCCCAAACAACACAUUCCAAACAAUUCUCACCAAGUUCAAGCUACAAGGCCUCGACAUCGUCGAUCUCGUAGCACUUUCCGGGAGCCACACAAUAGGAAAUGCUCGAUGCACCAGCUUCAGGCAGAGGCUUUACAACCAAGCAGGCAAUGGAAAACCAGACUACACAUUUGACCAAUCAUAUGCCGCACAUUUGCGCACCCAUUGUCCAAAAUCAGGUGGUGACCAGAACCUGUUUUUCUUGGAUUUUGUGAGCCCUGUGAAGUUUGAUAACAGCUACUUCAAGAACUUGUUGGCCUACAAGGGUCUGCUCAGCUCUGACGAAGUUUUGUUCACUAAAAAUGCUGAAUCAAGGGAGUUGGUGAAGACAUACGCUUACAACCAGGAACUGUUCUUUCAACAAUUUGCCAAGUCCAUGAUUAAGAUGGGAAAUAUCUCACCAUUGACAGGCUACAAGGGUGAGAUCAGAAAGUAUUGCAGGAAGGUUAAUGCUUAUUAAUAGGCAUUAAGAAGUGAAUAAAUAUUAUAUCGUCUCCAGUUUUAUGUUAUUAUUUGCUUUCCUUCUUGAUUCAUGUAUUGCAUGGAGUUGUCUUGAUUGUUUCAUCAAACAUGAAUAUCUGCAGAGUAAUUCAAAUUGAAAGUAAAAGGAUGAAUAGAAUGAAGUCUGAUUUUUAUAA